AUGAAUUUUAGCGUUGCUUCCGCUGUGUUCAUCGAGUUGAAAAACAAUCUGUUGCUGACCAGGAUGCUGUCCGUUCUGCUAAUGUGCCUGUUGUGGCUGAACGGGCUGAACGCGCGGGUCUUGCGUGGCGACAGCUCUGAAAGAGACGUACUGCCGGCGGCAAAGCGACCCUGGGAGGAAGACGACUGUCCGAUCUACAAGAACGAGGCGUUGCACGCGGUUGUAGACCGAAUAUGCGAGAUGUGCCAUGAGAUGUUCCGUCACGAAGACCCAAACCUGAGGGCCAAAUGCAGGUACGUGUCCGUGGAGGCGACGGCAAGGGCGAGGAUGAAGGCGAUGGCGGACACCAACGGUAACCACCUGUGUCUGAAAGAGCGAGCGAAACAGCAUUGCGGCAACAACUUUGUGUGUAACUGUCGUACAGUAUUUUACUGUAUCGUUGUACAGGAAGAAUGGCCGGACAUCCCUGCCCUUGCCGCUAACGCGAGCUUCGUCGUCGUCGUACUGUAA